AUGAACUAUGAGCUCUUCUACAACUUCUACAAGCGGGUGUAUGACGACAACGACUGCGACUCGGCAGGAACAAUGGAAGAUUACUCAUACAAGAUCGAUACCUUAGCUACGGCUUUCGCCGAGAAACUCCCGCAGAAUCGUUUCUCUCUAGCAGAGGUGUUGUCUCUAUUCCAAGAUGCGCUUGGUGCUAUAGCUGAGCCAGAACAUCCUCGCGGUCAAUGGGACAUUCACAGCCGCCCGAUCCGCAAGGUUAAGCAUGAGCAGAGUUUAGAUUCUGUCGACGCAGACAUUGGCAAAACCAAUUAUGAUACAUUUGGCUCAUGUAUCAUGCUGACCGUAUUGGAUCUCCAGGGUGGAACCAGAGGCAAGUGA